AUGGAUUUGGCACUGUUGUUGACGUUGCACAUUGUGCCGUCUUUACAUGAGGAUCGUUCAGUAGAUAGGUUAGUGCAGAAAGAGAUGUCUAGUGUAGUGGGUAUGCAACGUCAACGGUUGGAGGUAUUGGAGGAGCAGUUGGCGUGUUCAGUGGACGUGAAUGGGCGUUUUCUGGAGGCGUUGGCAGUGCUUGAUUGGUUACGGCGGCCUGCGGACUUAGCGCCGAUGGUAGGAGCGUUAUUGCGUGCAGCGCUGGGCCGUUCGGAUACAGUACAACGCGAGGCCGUGGGCGUCGUUCGACGACUGUUGAUGCGGAGACGGACACCGUCAGACGGCAUCGUGGGUGUUAAAAAUACACUCGAGGGUUUCAUCGAAGAACACGCACACGAAAUCAUCGCACGCUGUCCCUUCACAAUGCAACGAGUCGCCGAUACACUCUCCCGCAUCCUCUCUGGUGGCGCUCCCGAAGAAUCACGCCCGCACAUCAUUCUCGCAGUCAUACCGCCUGUCACCAGUGAAGAUAAAGCCGUCCUCAUCGGCUACCUUCCUUGCGCCUCCAAGACCAGACCCAACCGACUUGGCAUCGGCCUCCAGCACAUACUCCGAGACAGACUCGGAUGUGAUGCCGUCUCUCACAACGGAUUCGCGUCAUACAUUGUGCGCGUGCGAGGGGAGUCGGGACGGAAGGCCUUCCAGCUCCUGUUCCCACGAAAACGAUCGAGACGAAGCAGCCAACAAGGGCGACGGGGUAAGCGACCGAAGCAGCGUGAGAACUCGGACCCCCAGGCCGACGGCAACAGCAGCCAGGGGGAGGUGGGAAAGCAAGCUGACGAGAUUAGGGACGCUGUUUUCUAA